AGCGGGACCUUGCAGGUUAGUGUUUAAAUCUUCACAUGUAACUAGCUAAAAAUCUGCAGCUGAAGAUGGCCUCUGCUAGAAAAGAAAAAAGUGAAGAAAAUGUAGAUGGUUUUGUUAAACUUCACACAACAACAGCUCACGACUGGCAGACAGAGAAACGCAUUCAUAAAGAUUUUUACGAUGAUGGUACCUUAACUUUUUUCUGGAGAGCACAUACAAUUUCAGCCUUAGUAUUUUUCAGCGCUAUUUUGGUGUAUGUUGCAUUGAUUGAGGAGCCAUCUUUAAACAGAGAUUACAAUGCCAAACGAGGUUUGGUUGCCAUUGUACUGGCAUUCCUCCUGUUUGGUGUCAUCAACACCCCUGAUGGUCCAUUUAUCAGACCUCAUCCAGUGUUCUGGAGGCUGAUACUGUGUAUGAGUAUUGUCUAUGAAUUGUCCUUAGUGUUUCUUUUGUUUCAGGAUGUAAACUCAGCAAGAUUACUUCUGCGCCAUUUUGAUGGCACUCUGGGCCAACCCCUGCCUGAAAAAGAUUACGGGGGUAACUGCCUCAUCUAUGAUGCCAACCACACAGAUCCUUUGCACAAUAUGUGGGACAAGAUGGACGGUUUUGUACCAACCCACUUUUUUGGUUGGUGGUUAAAGACCCUAGUGUUAAGGGACUGGUGGCUGUGUACUGUGCUGAGUGUUAUGUUUGAACUGCUGGAGUACACAUUUGAGCAUCAGCUGCCCAACUUCAGUGAAUGCUGGUGGGACCAUUGGAUCAUGGAUGCACUGGUCUGUAAUGGUCUGGGGAUUUACCUCGGCAUGAAGACUCUGAACUACCUGUCCAUGAAGCCUUACCACUGGAGAGGCAUGUGGAAUAUGCCAACAUACGGUGGGAUGGUGAUGAGGGUGGCCCAACAGUUUACACCCCACAGCUGGAUGGACUACGACUGGAAACCAACGUCCAGCCUCAAGAGAUGGCUCUCCAUGCUGCUUGUUAUAUCUGCCUUUUUAAUGGCUGAGUUGAACACCUUUUACCUGAAGUUUGUCCUGUGGAUCCCACCUGAACAUUACAUCAACCUGAGCCGACUCGUCUUCUUUCUGUUUAUGGGUGCAGCGGGAAUGAGAGAAGUCUUUCAAUAUCUGGAUGAUCCCAACUGUAAAAAGUUUGGUCGUCAGUCCUGGGUGACAGCUGCUAUCAUCAUCACUGAGCUGCUGAUAGUUCUCAAGUUUGACUGGAACACAGUGACCAAACCCUUACCCAAACCAAUUGCAAUAUUUUGGAUCUUGGGCAUCUUGGCUCUGGUUGUUGGCACCAUCAUCAAGUUUUAUGUGCUGAAGAAUGUAAAACACGACAUACCUGACCAGCUGAAAGAGGAGGGAGGUGCCAAGUCAGACAAUAACAACAGCCCCCAGCAGCUACGCCAGAGGAACAACAAGAAGAGAGAAUAGUCGCCCACUGUUGUUGGCAGGAUGGCUAGAACAAAAAGAAGAUUGGACUUCUAUUGUUCUCAAAAGUUUUACUUUAUUUGAAAUCUUGGCAAAGAUUUUUUGUUCAUUUAUUUAUUUUGCUGAAAUGUAUUUAAAACCAUUAGGAAUUAAUUUUGUGAAGGUGGGUGUUACGAUGUUACAGAAACUUAAUUUUUUUUUCCAUUUGUAAACUUGUUUUGGCUGUAUGAAUUCCUCAAUUUAAUUGUGUGAAUUCCACACAACAUAUUGAUUAUAUGAAUUGCCCAUAACACAUAAGGCUGUUAUCAAAAACACCGUAUUACUCUGUGUUCUGUGGUAGGGUGCUCUGUAAUUUAGAUACCAUGUUUACAAAUUUAGCAUGUCCAUUUUAUUGGAGGCCGCCAGUGUGAAAUCAAAUAUUUACAUUUUAGUUAUCAGUUAGUUAAGAUACUAGCAUGAUGUAACACCAAUCAAAAGAUGUGUACACUAUGAACACAGACCCAUGUUACUCAUUUGUCCACUGUACUCAGUUCAAUAGAACAAUUUUAAACAUGUAUUUCUUGUCUAGCAGUAGAUGAUGUGUGAUGUUAUUGCUAAUGAUGAAUAAUUUUUCAUCUGGUGUCAUCUGUGGACAUGAUAAAUAGGUCGCUUGAUGUCAUGAUAUAUUUAUUGACACCAUAUAAAUACAGUUGGAGUAUUACGGGUAAUCACCAUAUGUUGGUGUGUGCGCUGUGGAACCAGUGGCACACAUACAGCCCUGUUUUUGACACAUGUUACUCUUGAAGCCAGUCAUAUUUUUCCCUUGCUAAAAAUUUGGUGUACACACAACAGCUAGACUGUUGCUGCUUCAAAUUAUUUUUAAAUUUUCUGCUACGCAGUACCUAUUUUCAUAUUUGAUGUUAUUGUGUUCAUUUUGAAGUGCUUGUGUGCUUGUAUAAAUUUCAUGUGUUAUACCAUAACUUUCUGUCCUAAUCAAAUGACCUGUGUCAGCUGGAGCAGAAUGAUCACUUAUCUCUCUUGUUUUAAACUGCUAUAGACUAUGAUCUACCCAAUGUUUGAACAUGACCAUCAGAGCUAUGUCAAAGUUUACCUACCUAUAUUUUUGCUACUUGUUAUUGAACUGUUAGUGAUCUAUUGCUAGACAAACAUUCCUUGUCCAACACUGUUUACAAAUUUCUUCUAAAUGUUCUCCAGUUUUGAAAACAACUUUACCCUGUUAGAUUAGAUUUGCUAUGUGUAAAAAUCAAAUUUCCUGCCACCAAAUAUUUGAGUGUAGCCAGAGGCUACAGAUAACACAGCAUUGCUGUGUCUCUCUAGUCAGACUUAAGAACAUGUAGCCUCUUGCAUGUCAUUCCUGAACGUUCAGUUUUGAAAUUUUUUUGACAAAAUAUUCUUCCAAAAACUUUUAUACAGCUGAGUUUAUUAGGGCAGAGCGCUAGAAUAAAGAUUAACCCUCCACAGGCCACAUCGCUAUUGACCAGGGAAACUUUUACUUGCUUGACUAGGAUAAGAAUUAACCCUCCAUAACCCAUGAUACUCUCUAUGAAACAAUUGACCAUUCCUACUCAAAAUUGCAUCCAGCCAUUCAGGUCCCUAAUUGUUCUACUGUAGAUUGUGUGUUGUAACUGAACAGAGCCUGACCCACCUAUAAACAUUUGUUUAUUCCAGUACUAACCAAUCAGCCAUCUUUUACUUUGCACUUGUAAACAUUUUUGCAAUACUUUUUUCUGUCAGUCAUAAUCAUCUGAUAUGUCAGUCAUCUGAUGUCAGUCAUCUGACAAGUCAGUCUUCUGACUUGUCAGUCAUUUGAUGUUUUAAAUAUGUGUGUGUAAAGCAAUGUUGUUAUGAUGUGUCUGUCAAGCACUGUGUCAAGCAGUGAUGUAUAAACUUGUCUUUGUAAAGUUGCUGUGUAAAUGUAGAGUUGCUUUGUAGAUCUCUAUGUGAAGGUAUAGAUGUAAAGCUCCUGUGUAGAUGUAAAACAGCUGUCUAAAUGUAAAGCAGCUGUCUUGAUGUAAAGCUGAUGUCUAAAUCAAAUGCUGUUGUCUAAAUGUAAAGCAGCUGUCUUGAUGUAAAACAGCUGUUUGUAAGGAAAACAGCUGUAUAGAUGUAAAGCAGCUGUAUAAAGCUGCUGUAUAGAUGUUAAAUUGCUGCGUACAUAUACUUCAGCCUAAGACCUAAAAUGCCACCAAGUACUUGAAGAUUGUUCAGGUUAUGCGGCCUUACCCAACACAUUUUAAAAUGAUGUAAAUAAUCAAAUCAAUUUUUUAUAUUUCAAUGCAGAACCAUUUCUACUCUAACAUUGGCAUUACACCACUGUAAGCUAUUCCAUUUUUUUAAAGAUCAAACAAUAUCUUAACAGCUAUUGCAUGUUAUCUGGUGUGGAUAUGUUCACUAAUACGCAGUAUAACAUUGUGAGGUUAUUCUCAGUAAUUCAGCCAUCAAGAUAAAUGAGUUUUAAUGAAACAAAUAUUGUGCUUUAUGCAAUGUCAUGAUUUAUAAAUUAAACAUUUUUUGAGAAUUGUUACAGAGCUGAUGAACUUGGUAAAAAUUAACUUGCCAGUAUUGUUUUUAGUCAACUUGAAAAUAAUGAAUUGUUGAUCAGUUUUAAACAAUGUUUACGGCAUGCCUAAUUGUCUCUAUGUUGACCAGAGUUUUGCUAAGAAUUUGCCUUACACAGUAUUACCAUCGUUGAGAGUCCAGUAUUUUCAAGUGGUCAACUCCUCUCAAGUGCAUUAAAAUUGUGUUGCGUGACCAGAAUCACAUGCAUGAUGACCUGUUUCAACUAGUUUGUAAGGUGAGUGACGCUCAGCAAUAUCUACAGCUCUGCUAAUUUUUUUCCUAACCAAAUCAAUGUAUGUCUAUGAAAGAUGUGCACUGGUGAUAAAAAUCAUGUACUGUAUCAUGUAUUUUAAUAUAAUCUCUGUACUUUUGAUAAAGCAUGUGUUGCUAAUUUAAAAUGUACUCUUGAUAUAAAAUGUCUGUACUGUUAAUGUUAUAGAGCAUAAUGUUCUUUGUGCUUUUUAAUGUGUGUUGUUAACUAGCGUCCUUCCAACUAAAUGACUAACUUAUACUGGAUCACUUUAUUUACAAAUCAAAAGCUGGUAUCUAUUUUUCUGCUUGAGAUUAACUAGCCUGAAGUUCAUGAAUUAACUCCCUUUUCUUAUUUACCAGAGCUUGAUGGAGUUGUCUAAUUUUUUUAAGGUUGAUGAGAGUUAUUCCCCAUGUACACAACAAAGAUAUAAUGCUUGUAAUUUUUUUUUAUUGCCUGUGCUGGGUUGAGUUUUGCAAGGUUUGUAUGCCUGUUCUAAUUUGUUUCAACAAAUGAUUCUGUAGCCACCAAGCUGUAGUGGUUGGUUGUUGAGUUAAGAGUGAGUGUUGUUUUCCUGAAACACAACUUACUUGAUUGGGUUUUAAAUGAGUUAACUAGUUCGCUUUUGUUUGAUACAGAAAUUUUUAAAAAAUGUUAUUGAGCAGUUGAUUGUAUUGUUUUAACCAACUAUUUAUGAUUACUGUAUUGUCUAAAAUCAUGAUUGAAUCAAGUUUGUUUGAUGGUUCAAAUUAUUGGUAGUGUUCAAAUAAUGACCACCACUACCCCCCCCCCCCCUCCCUUCCUUUUGCUGGAACAAAUGUAAACAUGAUUCAAGAUGACACUCUCAGCUUCCUAUCCUGUAUGAUUUUUAUAUCUAGGUGUGAAGACAAAUAAAGUUCAAGAUUUUUUUUUUA